CAGAGGAAACUAAGACAAGCUGUAAAAGAUGCUGUGUCUAAGAAACCUAUUCCAUUGGAGGACCCAAAGAAAAAACGACCAGGUAAAAGGAUUGAGAGGGAAGAGGAAGAAGAGGAGGAAGCCCUUCCUUUAGAUAUGAUGGAUGAAGAUGACUUACAGUUAAUGAAGGAUUUAGGGCAAAGAGCAUCUUUUCUAACGAGAGAUCUUUCUUCUAGUGAGCCUGUUCACACCAGGAAGCGGAAGCAUGAGCAUGUUAUAGAUAAAUAUGAAAAAAUACCAAGAACUCUGCAUACUGCACCAGAGAAGGAACUGAUUCACUUACUUCCUAUUAAAGAUAAACGUGGUAUAAUCCCACAGACCAGAGAGAAACCAGUUAUUGACAGUAACCAAGAUGAAGAGGAUCAAGAAGAGAUGGAACCUGAAGAAGAGAUCACUGAAGAACCCAUUAAAGAGCUGACAUUAGAAGAACAUUUAAUUGAGAGGAAGAAGAAACUACAGGAGAAGAAAAUACGUAUCGCAGCCUUGGCAUCUGCCAUAUUAUCAGAUCCAGAAAGUAAUAUUAAAAAAUUGAAAGAAUUACGUUCCAUGCUGAUGGAACAGGAUCCUGACGUGGCUGUUACUGUUCGAAAGCUGGUGAUAGUUUCUCUAAUGGAGUUAUUUAAAGACAUUACUCCUUCUUAUAAAAUACGACCCCUAACAGAGGCAGAAAAAUCUACCAAGAUCCGCAAAGAAACCCAAAAGUUAAGAGAAUUUGAAGAAGGCCUGGUUAGCCAAUAUAAAUUUUACUUGGAAAAUCUGGAGCAAAUGGUUAAAGACUGGAAGCAAAGGAAGCUGAAGAAAAGUAACGUGGUUUCCUUAAAGGCCUACAAGGGACUGGCAGAGGUGGCUGUGAAGAGCCUGUGUGAGCUGCUGGUGGCCCUGCCUCAUUUCAACUUUCACAACAACAUCAUUGUACUGAUUGUUCCUCUCAUGAAUGACAUGUCAAAAUUGAUAUCUGAAAUGUGUUGUGAAGCAGUAAAGAAACUCUUUAAACAAGAUAAAUUAGGCCAAGCAUCACUGGGUGUAAUUAAAGUGAUUUCUGGUUUUGUGAAAGGCAGAAAUUACGAAGUUAGGCCAGAGAUGUUAAAAACAUUCUUGUGCCUAAGGAUCAAAGAAGUAGAAGUAAAAAAAGAUACAGAGGAUACUAAUAAACAAAAAAAGUUCAUGACUUUCAAGGAAAAGAGAAAAACUCUAUCAAGAAUGCAGAGAAAGUGGAAGAAAGCAGAAGAGAAACUAGAGAGAGAGCUUCGGGAGGCAGAAGCUUCGGAGAAUACUGAGAAAAAACUUAAACUGCACACGGAGACUCUGAAUAUCGUGUUUGUGACCUACUUCAGAAUAUUGAAGAAGGCCCAGAGGUCACCUCUCCUGCCAGCAGUUCUGGAAGGUCUUGCCAAGUUUGCUCACCUUAUAAAUGUGGAGUUUUUUGAUGAUUUAUUAGUAGUUCUACAUUCUCUCAUUGAGUCUGGUGACCUAAGCUAUCAAGAAAGUCUUCACUGUGUCCAGACUGCUUUUCAUGUUCUUUCUGGGCAAGGUGAUGUUCUGAAUAUUGAUCCAAUGAAAUUCUAUACACAUCUUUACAAAACACUGUUCAAGUUACAUGCAGGUGCUACGAAUGAAGGUGUUGAGAUCGUCCUCCAGUGCCUUGACGUCAUGCUGACUAAGCGCAGAAAGCAAGUUUCUCAGCAGCGGGCCCUUGCCUUCAUCAAGCGCCUUUGUACCCUUGCUCUUCAUGUGCUUCCAAAUUCAAGCAUUGGAAUUUUAGCCACUAACAGAAUAUUAAUGCAUACUUUCCCCAAAACAGAUCUGUUGCUUGACAGUGAAUCUCAGGGUAGUGGAGUUUUCCUUCCUGAGCUGGAUGAACCUGAGUACUGCAAUGCUCAGAACACUGCUCUUUGGGAAUUGCACGCACUGAGGCGACAUUACCAUCCCAUAGUGCAGAGAUUUGCAGCUCACCUCAUCGCUGGAGCCCCUUCUGAAGGUUCGGAAGCGCUCAAACCAGAGUUGAGCCGAAGAUCUGCUUCAGAACUUUUUGAGGCUUAUAGCAUGGCAGCAAUGACAUUCAAUCCUCCUGUUGAAUCUUCAGAUUCCAAAAGGAAGGAUAAAGUUUUACAAGGGGAUUCAUUUUUAAGUGAAGAGAUAAGUCAACUAAUCGAAAGACAUUGUAGUGAAGUUGCUACUCAGUUGCCUCUGGAUUUCACCAAAUAUUUGGAAACAUCACUAAGGUUCUAUGUUAAAAAAGAAGAAAAGUCUGAGUAGAUGGUUACCGACAGAGGCUAAACUUGAAGUGAGUGACCAGAGAAGGCUGCCACCAUCCGGCUUAGAUUGAGCAAACAUUCUUCUUUUCAGGCAUCCCCUCCCCGCCCCCCUCCUCCCGGCCCCCAACAAUGAUGCAAGGACCAGAGUCAGCACUUGGCACUGCUGCAUCUCACUUGGAGAAGCAGAAUUAGUUGGGGAUGGGGUGGGGGAGCAGAAGAUUCUCAAGAAGACUCUGCCCCCCUUACCCCAGCCCUUGGUCUAUGGUCGAUGCUGGGCUGUGGAUUGUGUGGGGCAAGGCAGCUACUACUACAGCAAUAAUUCAGGGCACGAAGCUUCCAGGAGCAGGUCAGUCGACACUGUUAGCUCCAUGAUAGGGCCAGCAUCACUCCCUCCCCAGUCCUGCUUUAUAGCCCUGUGAUUACUCACGUAGGGUGACAGUAAUAUGCUACUUUUUAUGGGUGGUCCGUGGAAAUGUUUCCUUACUUUACAUCAUCAUAUUUUAUAACGUCUCCAAAACCCCAGCAGUGUUUUGUGACAGUAGACACCGGAGUUCACGGAUGGACUGAUUUAAAAAACAAAGCCCCCCAAACCACUUGGUAGUAGCUUCUGUUUGAUAAUCUAUGAAAUCUGACACAAGCUGCUUUCUCUGACUUUAAGUCCGUUGUAAAAUGUUGGGCAAAAUGUUAACCUGUGCAUAGCGAUUCCCUCAAAGGAGAACUGUUU